AUGGUUUAUAAUGGAAUAGAUAAUAACGCCCCCGUUGAUGCGCCUGAUGCCGACGAUUUAUCGCCUCCCAGCACAAUACAAAAGCUCAAGUCAUCGGCAAAAUCCAAAACGAAGCAUAUUCUGAAUAUAGAUGCUACAGAAAGCGGCGAUGCAAAGGUGGAGAAGACAUUGAGCGGAGCUGCUCGAAAGGAAUUAGAAAGUCCAGCUUUCAAUUCAGCUAAAUUCCUGAAAAAGUCAGAACCGGGACCAAAAGGAUUUCGAGACCGGACUUCUACUGCUUUCAAAGUAACGGCCAAUGCUAUUGUCCAUCCAAAAGAUACCAUAAAGUCAUCUUCAAGUCGUGUGACGGCCAGCCACCUUGCCAAAAGUCGGCCUGUUACCUCGAAGGAGGCUGACCUGGAAUUCUUACAAGCACACGAUGAUUUGGAUGAAGCACGUGAGAGGCAAGCCCAAGACCUCUUCGGAGAUGAAAUCGAGGCGGAGGAAGGAAAUGUGGCUUAUCAAAAGUCCCGUAUUGAGGGGUUGGAAUUGUCAAGGAGAAAUAUGAGAGUCGCCUGGGUUACUGGAAGACAUGUUCAGCGAGUGAGAGUGGUCCCAAACUUGACUCAACCGACGUUGCCCCCACCUAGUUACUUCGAGGAAGAAGACGAUUGUGGUUAUACAAGGUUUAGAUGGCAGGAUUGGUUAGGUUAUAAAGUACUGUCGCUUACUCAUCAGUUCACGGCUCGAUAUAUAGAUGAUUUUGCGCAACUCCCCUACGAUGAAGAUACCCUACGCUUACAUCUUGAACGAGUCCUCGUUGUUAGCGCACCUUUGCAAGAAAUCGCCUCUAGUGCCAUGCGCUUGUAUACUUGGGAAGAUCCUUGGCGUACUGGAAUUGGAUGUCUAAUGUACGCGUUGAUCCAAAAUUAUUUCUACCCGCAUACAAUAGCCAACCUCCGAGCAGCACAAGCACGAAGUUCGGAUCAUGAAGCAACAGCACGAAAAAUCGACGAACUCAUGGAUAGACACGGCGCCCAAAAUUGGAUCGAACCCUUUCUUCAGGAAGUCGGUCCCUCAUUGCAAGCGAUUCUCUCCGACACGGCCAACACAAUCGAAGCAAUGAACAAUCUUUACCAUUUCCGAAAUGUAUCCGCUUCCAUGGCCACCUUCUGGCUUCUCGCCUCCGGUCUAAUAUUCAGUCUCUUCGCGGACGCAAACCUAGUCAUAUCCCUCUUCUGGGCCGGACUCGGCGGUCUAUUUUUCUUCCUCUGGCCCAUAGCCACACUGCAUCCUCGAUACCGUCUCCUAGUUUCCCCUAUAAAAUGGCUUGUAUGGGAUGUUCCGACACACGCCGAACUAUGUUUCCAGUACCUCCAAGAGCGCUCUAAUUUCGUAAAGGAAGCCAUAUUCGCAGGACGCUACAAACAAAGACAAAAAGCCGAACAAAUCGCAAUACGACAUGUCUACGAUUCCGACGACUCGUUCCAUAGCGCUUUGGAUAUCCAACUCGACGAAAACAAAGACAUCCUCUCCUUCGGCUGCACAUUCGAAAACCGCCCCGGUCACUUCAUCAUCUCCACCAACACCGUACGCUUCCAAUCACGCAUCGCCUCCGACAAACACACAUUCACGCACCCCCUACAAAACAUGAUCGAGAUCUCCAAACAACGAACCCGCUCCUCUUUACUCACCCCCAUCGUCAAACAUUCGACGGGUAUGGAUAAACUGGAGAUCCGAUUUAGACGUACGGGACAAGUCGCGGAUUUGAAAGGCGAUGUUAUGGAGCCGCAGAUCGUGACGCUGGAGAAUAUGAUUGGCAGGGAUAAGGCGUUUAAUGCGUUGAUUGGGUUUAGUGGACUUAGGUGGCAGCAUGUACAGCAGAGGAGUAGUGGGGAUGUGGAUUGGAAGGGGGCGUCGCAUGGGGAGUGA